GGUUAGUACAAAUUAGCACGCAAUUAAAGCAGAGUUAUUGACUUUUCUGUCUAAAUUCAAGAUAAGGCAAAAAAAUAUCAUAAAAAAAAAAUCUCUUGUGAUUGAAUGAUAUUUCCAAAGAAAAUAUAAAGAGUUGAAUCGAGCUCUAUCUAUCCGUAGCAGUCUAAAGAUCAUUUCUUUGUCAACCUAUAACGCUUCCUCUCCGCGUUUUUCUUCUUCUCCUCUUCUUUGUCUUAAAAAGUCUCGAGCUUUGGUUUCAAAAGUUGUCGGUAACAGCUCGAUGAUAAUGAUGGUUUUGUAAAAAUGGGUGAUUUUUAGUUUUGUUGUAGCAGAAGCUAAGUUUGUAAAGUAGAAUACUUUCAGGGGCUAAUCCUCAAAAUCGAUUCUGGGUCAAAAAAAAAAUAAACACUUUUUGAUUGAUCUUACGAUUGGUGAUCAAAGGUUCUUCAUUGAAUUGAAUUGAAUUGAAUUGGGGUUGGAUACACAGAAGAAGUUAAAAGGUUACUUUUUGAUUUUGUAAAAAAGAAUGGAUCGAGUGGUAGGUGGCAAGUUCAAGCUUGGAAGGAAACUUGGAAGUGGAUCCUUUGGUGAAAUCUUUCUAGGAGUGAAUGUACAGACUGGAGAUGAAGUUGCUGUUAAGCUUGAACCUCUUCGAUCUAGGCAUCCUCAGCUUCAUUAUGAGUCUAAGCUUUAUAUGCUUCUCCAAGGAGGAACUGGUAUUCCACACCUUAAAUGGUUUGGUGUUGAGGGUGAAUACAACUGUAUGGUGAUCGACCUUCUUGGUCCUAGUUUGGAGGAGUUUUUCAACUUUUGUAGUCGAUCUUUCUCUCUCAAGACUGUUCUAAUGCUUGCUGAUCAGAUGUUAAACAGAGUGGAGUAUAUGCAUGUGCGAGGCUUUCUUCAUCGUGAUAUUAAGCCAGAUAACUUCUUGAUGGGUCUUGGCCGCAAAGCUAACCAGGUCUACAUCAUUGACUAUGGGCUAGCGAAGAAGUAUAGAGAUCUUCAAACACACAAACAUAUUCCUUACAGAGAAAACAAGAAUCUUACAGGGACAGCUCGAUAUGCAAGUGUUAACACUCAUCUUGGGAUUGAGCAAAGUAGGAGGGAUGAUCUGGAGUCUCUUGGCUAUAUGCUUAUGUAUUUUCUCCGAGGAAGCCUUCCAUGGCAAGGACUUCGUGCAGGAACCAAGAAGCAGAAGUAUGACAAGAUCAGUGAAAAGAAAAGACUUACACCAGUGGAGGUCCUUUGUAAAAACUAUCCACCUGAGUUCACAUCUUAUUUCCUCUAUGUGCGUUCAUUACGGUUUGAAGACAAACCAGAUUAUUCUUACUUAAAGAAGCUUUUCAGAGACCUAUUCAUCCGAGAAGGUUAUCAGUUUGACUAUGUAUUCGAUUGGACAAUUCUGAGGUAUCCACAGUUCGGCUCAAGUUCCAGUUCCAAUACCAGACCAAGACCAAGCCUAAGACCAGCUCUGAAUAUUCCAAUACCAUCUGCCGAGAAAGCAGAAAAGCCUUCAACUGCGCAAGCCACUCGUGAUAGAUUCUCAGGUGUUUUCGAAGCAUACACCAGAAGAACUGGCUCAGGGACUGGCAUUGAAGGUAAUUGGUCUAGUAGACCAAGAACUUCAGAGAACGUUCUUGCUUCUAGAGACACGGUUAACAAGGAGAGACCAAUCACUAUAUCUAGAAACCAGAGUUUUCCAAGAAAACCAGUUGCUGGGUCUAGUGUUCGAGCCACUCCUUCAACUGAUUUCGUAGAGAACAGAUCGAGCAGAGUGGUUUUAAACACUGGCCGGCCUUCUACAACUCAGAGGACUCAGUUCCCUCCUCCGUCCUCCUCUUUAGCCACAAAAGCUGCAGCACCAUCGAGACUUCCUCCUGACGUUACGCUCGAGUUCCUCACUAUUGGGAACGGCAAGAGGAAGUCAUGA